AUGUCUUUCUCCUUCGGUGGUACACCCAACUCUCUCUCUGAACAAUUUUUUGACGACCUAUCGUUCACUUAUGCUGACCGUGAUGCUACCUUGAGCUUGCUGGGUCACGAGGGCGCGAUACCUUCACUUUCCCAAUAUUCUCUUGCCUCUUCCGGUACUUGUGGUAUCGAUGCGUCCUUUUCCGUCCCUCCUCGUCGCCCAAGCAGCCGUCGUCGCGAACCAGGACACAUCCCUCGCCCUCGUAAUGCUUUUAUUUUCUUCCGCUCAUGGUACAUCAACAAUAUGCAUGAGUCCAAGGAUGUGAAGCAGAACGAAUUGAGCAAACAGGCCGGCGAAAUAUGGAAAAACAUGUCCGUUGAAGAGAAGAAACCUUUCUUGCAAUUUGCCGCUAUCGAAAAAGAGCGACACUAUGCCAUGUUCCCUGACUACGUCUACUCCCCCAACACGACCACGGCAACUAACAAGAAGGCACCCAAGUGCAAAGUCUCUCGCGCUACCUCCAGUUCGGUGUCACCGGAGGCGUCGUCGACUUCGUGGAACCACAUUGGCGAGGUAUUCUAUUCGGAUGGAUAUGAGCCUCUUGCACCAUUCAACAACCAUAUUGAGCACGUCUCCAAUCAACUGGAGUAUCAGCAAUACACGCAGAACACGUCGCCUGAAUGUUUACCUACCCUUCCACACUCCUGGUUCAAUCAGGGAUUGAACGCUGAUCUACCAUCGAUGACUACUCCAUUAUCUCCAAAUCCAUCGUCAUACCCUCUCUCCGACACACCGUUACCCUUGACAUAUGAUAAUCCUUACCUUGGUUUUCUGGACUACACAUUCCCUGACGUGUGUUCAGAGGCAGACGGUCUGAUGCAACAGUUCAUGGAUGACUCGAUGGAAUGGUUAGAGCUCACCAACCCUGUUUCGGGGUUUUCUACGAACUUUGGGCAAUAG